AUGGAGAGGGAGAGGAUAAACAUAAUUGGAGACUGUUUAGAAGCGGUUUACCAUGAGGUCUCUGGGAAGGGAACAGGCGCGCCAUUAGAGAGAAUUAAGGAGAUUGUUAGAGCAAAGACAAAGCCCUCUGAUUACGAAAUUAUAAAGAAUGUGGCUAAAGGUGGGUACGGGGAAGUUUUUCUUGUAAAAAGAGAAAAGAUAUAUGCUAUGAAAAGGGUUUCUAAGGAGCUUGUUCUCAGACAGCCACAUACAGCAUUGUUUAUGGCUGAAAAGGAGGCGAUGGUUGAUUGUAUUGGGAGUGAAUGGCUUGUGUGUGCACACAUGACAAUGCAGGAUGAGGAGUAUCUCUACUACUUAAUGGACUUUAUUCCUGGAGGAGACUUCAUGGGUCUCCUAUCCAAGGAAGAUGUUCUAGAAGAGGACUGGGUGAGAUUCUAUACGGCCGAGAUAGUUGCAGCACUGGAUGAACUCCACAAGCUGGGAUGGAUACACAGAGACCUGAAACCGGACAAUGUACUUAUUGGAAUUGAUGGGCAUGUGAAGCUGGCGGACUUUGGUAGCUGUAUUAAGAUGAGGGAUGGAAAGGCAAGAUCAUCUAUUACGGUUGGGACACCAGACUAUGUUUCUCCGGAUGUAUUGUGCUCUGUGAAUGAAGAAUGUGAAUACGAGGAGGAUGUGGAUUUCUGGACGCUUGGAGUUAUAAUCUACGAGAUGAUCUACGGAACAACUCCCUUCUAUUCCGACACUUUGAUGGAAACAUAUCGAAGGAUAACAAAGGUUGAGUUUGGAUUUCCCUUCAAGGUGUCUCCGGAGCUUACGAGCCUGAUUAAGAGUCUAAUAACAACGAAGGAUAAAAGGAUGAAAAUUAAUGAGAUAAAGUCUCAUGCCUUUUUCAAAGGAAUAGACUGGGACAGGCUUAAGGAGCUUAAGCCACCUUUUGUUCCUGAAAUCAGUGGAGAUUCCGACACAUCCCAUUUUGUUGACACACAAUUCGACCCUGAGAAAAGGAAGCCGGAUGUCAAAGGAAAUUAUAUGCCGUUUGUGGGAUUUACUUUUGAUCCCGAGUUUGUGUCCAAGUUCAGUGUUAUGAUGGAAAAGGAGAUGGACAGAGCAAGUAACGAACUUGAGUUGAAGGUUAGAGAGCAUGAAGGGACUCUUGAGAAUCUUUUGAUUAAGAUUUCUGAGAACAAAAGGCUUAUUGAUUUACAAAGCCAAGAGCUCACGGGGACGAAAGCCGAGCUCGAAAAUGCCAAGAUAAAACUGGAAGAUUCGAAAGGAGAGAUCCAAAAGCAUCAGAAGGAGCUGAAAGAGGUCUUAACAGAACUCCUCGCAGAAAAAGAGGAAUUGGAGGAAGCCAAGACCGAGCUUGAGAGAUACAAAAAAUGGUUGAAAGGCAUUACCGAGGAAGUGAACAGUAAGGACUUCCUUUCUGAAGAAUAUUCUAUUGCUGAGAAAAUGCCGGAAAAUGUAGACAGGCUCCUGGGAUCAAUUGAAUCUUUGGGGAAGAAAGAUGUCCUGAUUAAAGAUCUCUCUUCUUCUAUUCAUGAAGCUAGGAGAGAAACGGAAGAAAUAAUGGAUAUCUUUGGCAACCUCCAGGAAUCUAUGAAUAAGCUGAUUAUAGAGAACAAAGGGCUGAAAUCCGAGAUUGAGAUUUAUAGGGAGAAAUGCCAAGAGAUUCUCAGGAUGAGAGCAACACUUGAAUCGGAGAAUAAAAUCCUCACGGAGAAACUCAAGUCAGAGGGCUUGGAUAGCCUGAAAAGGCAACUUAGACUAAAAGCUACCGAGAUUAAGGAAUAUGAGCAAAAGCUUAACCAGGAAAUUCUUCUUAGGAAGAGUGUAGAAGAAGAAUUGAACUUUCUAAAGAAAGAAAGAACAAAGGUUCAUAGAGUAGCUGGAAAGCAAUCCUUUUCGUGCCAUCUGCUUAACGGAGAAUCUACUAUUGUAAGAGUGGAAGAAGACCACCUGUGGGUUGGAGAGGAAAGACAUUACAUCUCUAAUGUCUAUGUUGGAGAACUAAGGCCCAACGAACUUCACCAUCUUCCCCAAAAGAAAAUCCCAAUGACCUUGAAAAUUAUCUUUAUGAACGAGGAAGUAAAAAGUGUAAGCUCGGCAGGCCGAAGAAGCCUGAAAUCUCUGGAAGAAGACCUUAAUACGGAAAUAGCCAUCAAGGAAGGAAUAGAAAAGAUCAGGACCCUACUUCAGGGAAAAACACUGGAGGAAGCAAACAUGCAGCUUGAGGGAUCAAACCGAAAGAUAAGCCAGCUAAAGGCCGAAAUCGAAAGAAGCCGAAAGAGUACGAUUGAAGAGAGCAUCCCUGAUGACCCUGUGAAGAUCUAUGAGUUUAACAAUCACCUAUUUGCUUCUAAGACGCUACCUCAGGGAUCUCUCUGUGACUUCUGUAACGAGGUUCUAUAUGGACUUGUCAACCAGGGAUUCGAAUGUAGAGACUGCAAAAUGAUUGUCCAUAAGUCUUGCUAUGUCCUUGGAGAUGUCUCUUGUGAACUCUACUCUGCACUGAAGACCGGGAAAACAUACUAUGUUACGAUGAGGACAAUUGAAGAGAAGGACAAACUCCUGGGUAUAAGUAAGGGAUAUUAA